AUGGAUGAAAAUGCUAAUCUGGACAAUGAAUUUAAAAGGUACUUAGAAAUUAUGCGUCCAUACUUAACGCAAAUAGUGGAUCAAGAUGUAAUAAAUAUUUGCAAAGCUUGGAUUCAGAAACUGUCAGAUUGCGAAGUGAAUGAGAAAAUUCUCCGUAAUAAGUAUGUGUUUGCUUUGUGUUAUCAGUUAGCAAAAGGAAUGUUACAAGAACCCUUUUUAAAAUUUCCUGAAAAAGGCACUUUGCCUCCAAUAUCUGAUGAAUUCGAUAGUGAUAUUUCGACAACAGAUGCGUACCUUGUGAUGAAACCUGAGGACGACACAAAAGUUUUAUUCAAUAAUAAUGAUUCACAAGUAUCAGAAACUGACUACCUGUCACAAGAAACUGAUUUUUUAUGUGAAAGUAGCGGCAAUAAACUCAUAAACAUAUUACCAAAUCAGAACAGACAAAACGAAUCGUGUAAGCAAUUUAUAUUUUCCUUUAGUCCAGAUGCGAUGAACAUAAAUGAUAAUUAUAAAGACUACAGUGAAGAAUAUAAAUUAAGAGCUAAUAAUCUCGUAUUGAAAUUGAGAGAAAUAAAAACCCAAAAUAUUAUUCUACACGAAGAAUUGGAAGCUUUAAAGAAAGAAUGUAGAAAAUCCCCUGUAGAAGUAGAAGAAAAUAAAUUUAAAGUUGAUUGUUGCACUAGUGCUUGCUGUCAAUCUCGAGACAGUAAUGCUACCUUGAAUUCUUUGAAAAAUAAACUACAAGAUGUACAAGAAUCAAAAAACGUAAUGUAUCAAACUAUUGAAAGCAUAAGUGACAAACUAAAACGUUUCGAAGAUGUAAAGAGACUUGAGAUAAAAGAAAUUGAAACUAACCAUAAGUUGGAAAUAAUGAGAAUUGAAACAAUGAUUCGCGAAGAAACUAAAGAAAUGUAUGAGAGAAAAUUAGAUGAAAUGAAAGUGCAUUAUGAAAAUUUGAUUGAAAAAAUACAAAAUAAGCUUAGUCAAGAUAAACAAGAUAUCAUUACUUCAAAAGAUGAGAUAAUUCAUGAAAAAGAAGUAUGUAUAAAUACGAAAGACAUAGAAAUAGCCAGACUAAAAACUCUGAUCGAAGAUGAAAAGAACCACCUGCAUGAUGUAAUAAAUAAAUUUUUAGAGAAACCUAGUGAAGAUUUAAAUAUAGAAAACAUGCGAAUUAAAGCUGAACAACUUGAGAAACGUUUGAAUAAAGUAGAAAAAUCUAAAACUAAAUGUACAAAAGUAUUCGAAGCGAAAUUAGCGCACUUACAAAGAGAAAAGCAUUUGGCGGAAUGUUCAUUACAGCUGCAACUCGUUAGACAGAGAGCUCAUGUAGUUAAUGAGGUGGCUGACGAAAGCCAGAUGGAAUUAAAUACUGCUCUAAACAAAUUGGAGAGUAAAUACAAAGACAUAGUAGCAAAUAUGCAAACAACCGCCAUUCAGCGAAGAAUUCAGGAUCGACUGGCACUCGAGUCCAUUUUGCAGGCGGCUUGCGGUAUUCAAAACGACUUCACGAAUUGUUCACAAGGCCCAAACCACAGUCAAUAUUCGAGCAAAACUAUGCAAAAUCAAAACAGGAAUGGGAACCAAAUAAAUCAAAGUUUGGACAGUGAGUUAUCGGCUUUGUUGCACAGUAAUAAAGUUGAUAAUUUAAUUGGUGCUCAUGAGAAAUCUUUGACAGAGGGUAGUGUGGUGACCGGAUAUUAUCUCGAUGGCGAGAAAAUGGGAGAGCUGUUGGAGAGGGUGUACAUUCCACAAAGGGACAUUGGAGACGGUCCAUUGAAGAAAUAA